UUGUGGGUGUAUGUCAUUAACUCAACAGUUUUUCCCGGGCAAUAAGUUCUGUCUUCUCAAACAGCACUGCUAGUAUUUAGAAUCAAGGACGUAAUUAUUUAUAUAUUUUAUUUUCUCCUUUCAUUGAGCUUUUCGAACAUGCACGCGAUUGAGUGCCGUGUACCACCCGACACUGGGCCGUUGACAAAGACUCUCUCAAAGAUCAAGGAUGUAGUGAAUAGUGUGUGUAGGGACCGUGCACCUAUCUCACAGACCUUUCACUUUCAGGGUAAUGUAGUCUAGAGUGACAGGUCUCAGUGGGUUACAGGCGGAACAGGUCAAAGCUCGAACCAGUAGGCGCGGUUAGUUCUUACAUUCCUGUCUACACACCGGAGCUGUCUGUCAGCUCACCACACGACUACUGUGCUCUUGGCUACUGUACGAGGCCAUCUUUCUGGUAGACGAGCAGGACAGUGUGGUGUCAAGGCAGGGCCAAAGUUGUUUUCCAGUCUGAUAUACACAACGCCAUCGCCUAGUAGAAGUGAACAGGACCUGACAGUCGACGGAAGAAAGCUGUCAGUGUGGUCUGAUUGCGGGGUCAGCGACCUCGUGACAGUGGGAGAAACACAAGUCACUUUGCCAGUGAUCGAGUCUGUAUAACGACUAAACUAAUUUGGUAAAGUCCAUCUCCGACAGGUCCACUGGAUCUCUGGCAACACAGAUGGAGGCAAGCAUCGUGCGAGAAAUUUUGAAGAAAAACGAGGACUUCUUGAAACGCCAUCUUAUCUUGUCCAAAACAGUGCUGGACAAACUGCACUCCAAUGGACUUAUAACUGAUGUUAUUCGGCGCAAGAUUCUAGUAUACCCCGGGUAUAAGCAGGUGCCACUUCUGCUAGAAAGCAUGGACUACCAGGGACUUCACUCACUGCGCAAGUUCAUCGGCGUCCUGAGAGAAACAGGACAUCGGUACCUCGCCGAUCUCAUUCUGGACACUGAAGCCAUUCCUGUCGCUGACCUCCGACCUGGAACUGCCAGCUACUCAGGUUCUUCGUUUACAGACGAUAUGGGACUCACCCGCCCAACACGCACCGUGCACUCUCCUGUCCGAGGUCACAAGGCAGUGGUGUCACUGGGUCAACUCCUACGUCAGAGAGAAGAGCGUGACGUGGCGCCACGCGGGGCAGUCGUACCCAGAACUCUCUUAUCGCAUCCGCUGACCAGCGCCCCCUACGCCGUGACUGACGAUGCUGCUUACACCUGGGCACCCAGGGCUCCGCGCGCGCAGACGCACGUGGUGUCUCGAAAAGAAGACAUUCCGUCGACGCUGUACGGUCUCGGCCAGGUGUUCACUGCCCAGCUACAGGACAAUGAGCAGGCCAUGAAGGUGCUGAGGCAGGAGGAGAUGGCCAUCAAGCAGCUGCUGGAACAGAACGCACGUGAUCAGCAGAAGGUCCGCCGCAAGCAAUACGCCAUCGACGACAUCAACAAACGACUGAAGGACAUCGGCGCCCGCGCCAGCGACAUGUAUGACCCCGCGCCUGACCCCAAUAUAGGGCGCUACCGCCUGGCGCAGUUGAACCAGAUUCCCUGGUCCGUGGACAGCUGAGACAAGAGCAAUACAACAGCUGGAAGAGAUUCCCUAGUCCGUGGACAGUUGUGAGAGAAGAACCUGAGAAAUAUCACUCACUUUUAAAGGACUCAGAUACCUAGAUGACACAGACAACAUUCACAAAAACUCCGAUAUCUGAUGUGAACACUGCCUGCUGAUGCUCUAAACGCUGUCUGUGAAUAUUUCACGUGCAUAAAACGAGACCUGUACUUGGAAAUUCCUUCUGAAUGUAACUCUGUUCGUAUCCACGUGUAUGGUGACAGACUCCACAGAAGUGCUCCAUCCUUUCUGUGAUACACUGACUAGAGCUUGAUGUAUAAGUCUAGGUGACAUAACGGUUUCCCCGUUUCUUUCAUCUAAAGUUACUUCCACUAUCUUCUCCAUUCACUGGUAUGAAGCCAUCAUUAGUGCCCCACUGAAGCACCGGGUAGUUCGUGUCUUGUUCGUCUGUAGCAGUUCUGUAAAAUAAAAAGUAUAUAUAUACACUCAUAACAUUUAUACAAUUAUAAGUGUAUAUGUAUAAUAUAUACAACUGCUUAAUCGACUGUAUAUAUUUAUAUAACUGAAAUAAUCCAGUGUAACAUUAAUAGAUGACAGAUAAUAACGCUAAAUGUACUAUUUACAAAGAGUACAAUAUUCAGAUUAUAAUAAAAUAUAUCGGUUGAACAGUGAAACAAAAGUUGUUGACAGGCGCAUGUGGCUCGGGAUGAAUGUGUUAUCAAUGUCACUUCAGUGAAAGUGUUCGGUAGAUAAUUCAAUGAAAAUGUUUGCAAUGUAACUUCAAUGAAUGGAGGAACAGUUUUUGGGUAUUUCCGCUUACAGCUGAUUACUAUCUGUGUAACCCUAGAAACUAUAGUUGAAAUGAACCUGCCAUUGACACUGACAAGUGUUCAUGUUUACAAUUAUUUGUGCCAUAAAGUUGCUCUAGAUGAAAAAAGAAAUAUUUCCUACUUCCUCUUCUCCCCUCGUCAUAGUAAACAUCUUAUUUAUACAAUCUAAUUUUUAAAAACUCUGUCAAUUUAAUUUGCAGAAUAAUAAAUUUUAUUACAACCGUGAAGUCA